AUGACUAGUGAAUCAGGUUCUGUUACUAGUGAAUCAGGUUCUAUCACUAGUGAAUCAGGUUCUAUCACUAGUGAAUCAGGUUCUGUUACUAGUGAAUCAGGUUUUAUUACUAGUGAACCAGGUUCUAUCACUAGUGAAUCAGGUUCUAUCACUAGUGAAUCAGGUUCUGUUACUAGUGAAUCAGGUUCUAUCACUAGUGAAUCAGGUUUUAUUACUAGUGAAUCAGGUUCUAUCACUAGUAAAUCAGGUUCUGUUACUAGUGAAUCAGGUUCUAUCACUAGUGAAUCAGGUUUUAUUACUAGUGAAUCAGGUUCUGUUACUAGUGAAUCAGGUUCUAUCACUAGUGAAUCAGGUUCUAUCACUAGUAAAUCAGGUUCUAUCACUAGUGAAUCAGGUUCUGUUACCAAUGAAUCAGGUUCUAUCACUAGUGAAUCAGGUUCUAUCACUAGUGAAUCAGGUUCUGUUACUAGUGAAUCAGGUUCUAUUACUAAUGAAUCAGGUUCUAUUACUAGUGAAUCAGGUUUUAUUACUAGUGAAUCAGGUUCUGUUACUAGUGAAUCAGGUUUUAUUACUAGUGAAUCUCAAGUGCAACUUCGAUGUUGGUUUUCUGCAAAAAAUAUCCCAUUAAAGCGUCAGUUUGGUCUUAAAUUGCACGUCAUAAUUUUCUAA